AUUUUCACCGAUCCACCAAUUCUAUUUUGCGACGAACCGACCUCUGGAUUGGACAGUUGGACCGCGGAGAGAAUUGUGAAAUGCAUGAGUUUCCUUUCCCGGGGACUAACGCAUUGUGGGGAAUUGCCAGCCAGUGGAGAAACCGUUCAGAAGACCAUCAUUUGCUCCAUACAUCAGCCGUCUUCUUCUGUUUUCUCAUACUUCGAUGAGAUAAUGUUGCUGGCCGAAGGACGUGUUGCAUUUCAUGGCAAGCCGAAGGACGCCCUCAAUUUCUUCAAGAAGGAGGGUUAUCCGUGCCCAUUAACGUUCAACCCUGCGGAUCAUUACAUGUCGGUUUUGAGUCUCAAAAGGAAAGACAUUCCAAGGUCCUUGGAACAAAUGCAAGCUAUCUGCGAUAAUUUCGAUAGUUCUAAUUACGGCAGAAAAAGAUCGAAGACAGUGGAGAAAAUGUGUUCGACCGUGGCAUAUGGCAAAAGCGAACUUCAAAAUCUCAAGAAGGUGCCGGUCCCUUUUUGGUGGGAAAUGUGGGCAUUGAUGAUUCGUUCUGCUCAGGACGCACGAGGAAAUCCCACGUUCAUGAACAAACCGAGAUUGUUUGAGAGAUUUAUGAUGGUAUUGGUUACUUCAUUGGUGUUCACAAACAUGGCCCCGGACCAGCCCGGGAUCCAAGCAUUGACUGGCGCCAUGUGGUUCACCGUGGCUGACAAUACUUUCCCGAAUUCAAACGCAGUCAUGAACAUAUUUCCGCGGCAAAUCAACGUUUUCCUUCGAGAAUUCCGCUCGCACCUUUACUCUGUGCAUUCUUACUACGUUUCCAAAGCGUUGUUCAUGAUUCCGGGAUUCGUGAUUGAGACGAUUACUUACGUAACUAUCUUGUAUCUCAUCGCCGACUUGAGACCAGGGUUGUACUACUUCGGGCAAACAUUAUUGACUGUUCUCCUGAUUGCCAAUACUGCGUCUGCAUUCGAAAUGUGUGCCAAAAAAUCUGCAGGUGCCAUGGUUUCAGCGCCUUUUCAAAACAUGGCGCUGCCCGUGACAAUUGCAAAUCCACUGAUCUACAUUUUGACGAGCUUCGGUGGAUAUUUCUUCAACUUGAAUUCUUGGUCGCCGUACAUAAAAUGGAUUGGAGUUAUUUCUUGGUUUCAUUACGGCUUUGAAAAUCUGAUGAUCACGCAGUUUGGUGGAAACCGCACUUUCGAUUGUGGAGGAAGUUUCGGGAACGUGACAGUGACGAAACAAGGCUGCCUGUCAACAGGACAAGAAGUGCUACAGAAGUACACUUUUGACGAAUUGAAUUUCAAUUACAACAUCGUUUUCCUGGUGUCUCAGUAUUUGGGAUUCCACGUAGUCGCAAUCAAGACAACUCAUCCCAAGAACUUUUAUCCUCCCAGUCGGAAACAGGCGGGCGUGAUGUGGUUCCUUCCUGUCCGCCUAGCACAGUCUGAGAGAGAACCUUCGCAAUGGCUCGCCAGUCGCCAUGAACCUGCUGAAGCCGGAGUUGGGCGCAUCAUCCCUGCUGCUAAGCACAUCGCCUUGGACUUCCCGGGUGUGGAAUGGUAG